UCAGCUUCCGAGCAACAGAAGAAGACAUCCAGCCCUUGUGUCUUCCGAAAAGAUGACGACCUCCAAUAAAACUCUGCGCUUUGCCAUAGUAGCUGCUUUUGGGCUCUUCUGCGUUAUUGCGUUCUGUCUGUUUUUUGAGCCUCCAUCUUAUGUUUGCCAAUCAAAAUCAGCUGAAGUGGAACAUUAUGAAAGCGUUGAUCCAAACGAAAAGCCCAUAGUUCUGCUGUGGUUCUGGCCUCUUGGUGUGAAGUUUGAUUUCAACGCUUGCUCUACCUACUACAACAUUGAUAGCUGUGUUCUGACAGCUGACAGAGCCCUCUACAGCAAAGCACAAGGAGUCAUCUUCUACCACAAAAACAUUGCCUGGAAUUUAAACAACAUGCCGAAAGCUCCAUGCCCAUCUUUUCAGAAGUGGAUUUGGUUCAAUGUGGAGUCUCCAACAAACACAGGGAGAAAAUCUGGAAUGGACAAUGUGUUCAACUUAACGCUGAGCUACAGAAGAGAUGCCGGCAUCACGGUGAGGAAUGAGGUCACUAUCAGGGAAACAGAGAGCAAAGAUGAUUAUGUACCACCCAAUAAGACCAGAUUGGUUUGUUGGAUUGUCAGUAACAAAAACAGGAGGACUGGGGCCACUGCAAGAGAAAGAUACUAUGCACAACUGUCCAAAUACAUCAAAGUCGACCUUUUUGGUACAGCUCACACAGGGCACAGGUUGAGUUUUGACGAAUAUUAUCCAACCAUUGGUAGCUGUAAGUUUUAUCUCUCCUUUGAGAACUCGCUCCACCGAGACUACAUCACUGAGAAGGUAAACGGCCCCCUUGUGGCAGGGACCAUCCCUAUAGUUUUAGGUCCUCCAAGACAAAACUACGAGCAGUUCUAUCCCUCUGAUGCCUUCAUUCAUGUAAAUGACUUCCCAAAUCCAAAGGCGCUAGCAGAGUUUCUGCUCACUUUGGACAAGAAUGAUACAGCAUACAAGCGUUACUUUGAGUGGAGGAAAUUCUACUCUGUAACUCCUCAUCUCCUGUCAAUUGAGAAAGAAUUCAUUCAGCCCGUCUGCCUCGCCUGCAACCACAUAUCGAAAGACAGAGAUUUCCGAGUGGUUCAUGACCUUUUCAAAUGGUACGCUUCAUAAAAUUCAGAUAAUCUUUUAAAGAGUUCCCUGAACACAGAUACAAAGAGUCUGCGUGUUAUAUAUUUGAAUAUUGUGAACCAUUCACUCUGAUAUGACAAGAAGGCUUAAAAUGUUACAGGUGUAAAUAAAAAUGUUGGGCAUAGUGAGAAGGUUUUGUGAGAGGAUAUUUGGUUGUAAACCUAAAUCAACAGCUAGCAGCCAGCUAGCUGUAUGUAUAUAUCUGUAAUGUGUUUAUAUAUUAGUAAUGUCUAGAUACACACACACACUGAGGUUCCUGUUUGGGUGUUUUGUAUAUGUUGGUCUCAUACAAAAUUGAAAUAAAAACCGAAUGACAAGAACAAACAUUCCAGUAUUAAAUGAAGGUGAUGAGGAAGAACACAACAUUAGGUGUCUUCAAUGGAACAGCCUGACACAAAAUCUAACAAACACCUCUUCCAUCUCCAUAUUCUUCUACCUCCUCAUAUAGUUCAUGGUUGUGUCAUAACAAGAAGAACAUACUAAUUGAGGAUAUGACUUUUUAUCUUUGCUUGUUUUUUCUUAUGUAGAUGAAAGGUUUAGGUUGUUUAAAGCUUGAGUGUGGUGUUUUGUAACAUCAGUCACAGAACUCUGUUCCUACUGUUACGUGUCACAGAACCUACUUUGUACUUGUCUGUGCAUAAAAAAAAACAAUAAAGGAACUUUGGAAAUAAAA